UUUUUCCACCGAGAGAAGAAAAACCAGAGCGAGAGGAGCAGAGCGAACAGGGGAACGUCGGGGAGAAUUUCCAAAGCUCAAUUCUUGAGCUACACUGAUCCAAAAAUCCCGAAUUUCUUGAAUUCCCGAUAAGCCAAAUUAGGGUUUCGGAGUAUCCGGAAGCCGGAUUGAGCCCAAAUUUCAUAUACGAGCUUCCUGCAGCGAGG